AUGGAGAGUGGUCGAACAGCAGAUCGCUCGAUCGAAUCGUACUCAAAGAACCCGGUACUCAGCGGGUUCAACAUGGCGAGCGAAACCACAAAAGGGGAGAUCUCACUGCCCGUGAGCAUCGAGGCCACCAUUCAACAAACCCUGUUCUACGUGAUCGAAGGGGACAUGAAGUACAAUGCGUUAUUGGGCAGACCUUGGAUACAUAGCAUGAGGGCGGUGCCUUCAACAUUGCAUCAAAUGCUGAAAUUCCCCACCUUAGGGGAAGUGAAAACCGUCCGCGGUGAGCAACCCGCAGCAAAGGAGAUGUUCGCUGUAGAAGAAUCAGCACCCCGGCCUGAGGAACCGGCUCGGAGGAAAAAGGGCGCAACCGGGGAGGAAGCCCCCCAAUAG